GUCCUCAAAUGAAUCAUAUAUGACGUGAAGGCGGGAGAGCAGAUGACACCUGAGUUCCUAAAGAUCAAUCCCCAGCACACCAUUCCCACGCUGGUGGACAACGGAUUCUCCGUCUGGGAGUCCCGGGCCAUCGCCAUUUAUUUGGUAGAGAAGUACGGCAAGGACGACUCCCUCUACCCGAAGGACCCUCAGAAGCAGGCGGUGGUCAACCAACGCUUGUACUUUGACCUGGGAAGCCUGGCGGACUCCUUCUCCAAAUAUUACUAUCCCAUUAUCCUAACCGGCAAACCGGGAUCCGAUGACGACUUAAAGCGCAUCGAAACUACCUUUGGGUUCCUCAACACCUUCCUCGAGGGCCAGGACUAUGUAGCGGGCGACCACCUCACUGUGGCAGAUUUCGCCAUCCUCUCCUCCGUCUCCACCUUCGACAUCGUUGAGUUCGACAUCAGCAAGUACCCCAACGUGAACAGAUGGUACCAGAAUGCCAAGAAAGUCACUCCUGGCUGGGAUGAGAGCUGGGAGAGUCUCCUGGAACUCUCUGUAAAAACGCGAAUCCCGUCAAACAUGGACUUUUAUUAUUAUAGCGCUGUAGCUGCUUGCCGGGCAGUUAUCAUGGUGGCCGAAACACUGGGCAUCAAGUUGAACAAAAAGGUGGUGAACACCCUCAAGGGUGAGCAGAUGAAUCCGGAUUUCAUAAAGGUUAAUCCCCAACACAUCAUACCCACCAUUGUGGACGAUGGAUUCGUCCUCUGGGAAUCUCGUGCCAUUACCGCAUACCUGGUGGAGAAGUACGGAAAGGAUGACUCUCUCUACCCCAAGGAUCCUCAAAAACGGGCCGUCGUCAACCAGCGUCUCUACUUCGACAUGGGCAUUUAUAACGCCAUGUUCAAAUACUACUUCAUAGCGUUCUCAACGGGUAAAUAUGGUUCCGAGGAGGACUUCAAGGGCUUGGAAAACGUCUUUGGAUUCCUGAACACCUUCCUGGAGGGCCACGACUAUGUGGCAGGCGACAAACUGACCAUUGCCGACAUUUCGAUCCUGGCCAGCGUCUCCACCUUGGUCGCUAUGGGAUUUGAGCUCACCAAGUUCCCCAAUGUGGACAAGUGGUACAACAACGCCAAGAACGUGGUCCCCGGAUUCGCGGAGAACUGGGAAGGAGCUCAGUUGGUGGCCGAAAAUGUCGUUGCCAGACUAAAAUAAGUGAUCUUUUUUUGUGUAAAUAAAAAUUAAAUAAUACAAACUA